AUGACCAAGUUCGUGGUGGGCCCAUGGCUGUGCCUGGUCCUCGUCCUGUCCCUGGGUCAGGUGAGGGCAUCGGCUGUUACCCCAGCACCAGAGGUGGAGCAGUCUACGGAAUCGCCCAUCGCCGAUAUGGCGUUGAUUGAGGAUGCACCCAUGGCUGUCAUGGCGCCCAAGUCGCCAACAGAGAAGCCUCCGGUUCUCCAGGAGGCAGCUGGCAUGGAGAAGGCAGCAGCAGCUCCUGUGGCAGCUCCUGUGGCAGCUCCUGGACAAACCCACACGGUGGCCGACUUCAUCAUUCAUCCCCUGAUUGCCUUCAAGCCACGUCAGGCUUCGCUGGAGGAGAUCCAGGGCAAGCAGGCUACUCCAGCUACUCCUGCUGCUCCCAGCACUUGGCUCUUUGGCAUGAAUCCCGCCCAGCAGUUGGGCUCGUCGUUCUCUACCUUGGCUGGUUCCGUUUCCGGUUGGAUCAACGAUCGUUUGGGUCAACAGCUGCCCAGCUUUGUGGAGACCCCGGUUCAGACUAGCUCCACCACCGCUGCUCCAGUUACCACAUCCACCACUCAGAAGCCUGAUAUUGUGGUUAGGGUACAGCAGAGGCCAUCGAGGAAUGGCAAUCGUCGUGGCAAUGGAAACGGAAAUGGCAAUGGUAACUUCAAUGUCAAUGGCAACGGAAACGGAAAUGGCAACAGGCGUCGCCAGCGUCCCAAUCGCUUCAACAACCGACUGGAUUCAUUUGAGGAUGAUUACUACGAGGAUGAUUAUUUCCAGGGCAAUAGGUUCGAUGAGGAGUUCGAUGACGAUGAGGAUGAUCUGUCGCUGGAGCACUUUGAGGAUGAUGACUCCCUGGAGCUGCGUCCCCAGCAGAAGCCCAAGCGUAAGCAGACCCAGCAACAGCAGCAGGAGCAGGAACAGGAGCAAGAGCAGGAAGAGGUUCCUCAGGUUGUGAACCAAAAGCGUCGUCAGAGUCACAACAAGAAGACCAAGGUCCAGAAGAAACCCAUCCAGGUGCCCGAGGACUCCGACGAUGAGGAAGAGCUGGAGGAUGAUGAGCACGAGGAUGAUGAUGACGAGGAGGAGGUGAUGCAGGAUGAUGAUGCUAGCCAGGAGCAGGGUUUCCUGCCUGAGCCCAUCUUUGGCUCCUCCAGCUCAACCCGUCGCUCUCAGAAUCAGCCCAACUUCAUUCAACGCGGUCAGCAGAGUCUGAUCAGUCAGAUCCGUCAGUUCACCCGUGGCCAGGCACCCGUCGAGUCCGGUUCCAAGCUCCGCCGUACUGGCUCCGGUUCGUCCACCGCUCAGACCCGUCGUCCCCAGCAGACCACGUUGCUCUUGAACCGCAAUGGACAGACUGUCUAUGUUGCCCCUGAGAUCCUGGGUUAUCCUUAUGCCUAUCAGGGCAAACGUCAGCGUCUUCCGGUCGCUGGAGCCUACCCUCAGCCUCCGUUGACGGUGCCCGUGAGGCGUCAGGGUCGUCCUACUCAGUAUAUUACCAUUCCCUGGAAUCAGCUGGGACUCUCGCCACCGGAUCAGCAAUCCAUGGUCUCCCUGGCCGAGGGCAUUCAGGCUCAGCCAUUGAUCCUUAACAUUCCCCAGAGCGCCAUUCAGCCGGUGAGGGGAUCCGGUUCCUCUGGCCAGCAGCAGAAGAAAAAGAAGCGUCCACAUCUGACUGCCUCAGCGGUGCCCCUGCUGGCUGAUGCUUCCCUGAUGGACAUCUUCCAGCCUCCUCAGAUUCCACCAUCCCGCACGGGAUCCUCCUCUGCAGCCUCCAUUAAACCUAUUAAUGCUCAGCCUGUUUUGAUUGCUGCUAAGCCUGUGAAGGCCGGCGGUUCGGGUGUCCUGCCCACACGUAUUCGUCCUGGAACAAUUGUGGAGAAGGCACCGGCUAUGGAUGCCAUGGAGAAGCCUGUCAUGGAGGCCACCGAGAUGAAGCAGGAGGAGGAACAGCAAAUGAUGAUGCCAGCAGCUGCCACAGAGUCAGCUGCCCAGAUGGAAGCCACCGAGCAGCAGCAGCAGCAGCAGCCGCAGGAGUUCAUCAUUGUUGGAGAUGAUGAUGAGCCCGGUCUAUCACGACAUGUCCAGCCAGCCUAUGGGGAUGCACGUUAUGUGUCCUAUGGUGAUUUCCAUCCCUACUUUGAUCUGUUGACUCAGAAUAGGCGUUUUGCCCUCCGCAAGAGCGGACGAUCCCUGGAGAGUCCCGAGGAGCAGCCGAAGAUGGAGGUCCCCAAGGAGGAAAUGAUCAAGGAGGAAUCUCCCAAGGAGGAAAUGAUCAAGGAGGAGUCCCAGAAGGAGGAAAUGAUCAAGGAGGAGGCCCAGAAGGAGGAAAUGAUCAAGAAGGAGGAAUCUCCCAAAGAGGAAAUGAUCAAGGAGGAAUCCCCCAAGGAGGAAAUGAAAAUGGCGGAAACGGAAAUGAAGAAGGAGGAAACUAAAAUGGAGGAGAUCCAGAAGGAAGAACCCCAAAAGGAGGAAAUCAAGAAGGAGGAACCUGCUGUUACAACUCUGUAA